UUUUUUGACCUCCAGUUUUUUUCGUGUCUGCUGUCUGGCUGUGAUAAAAUCCGUAGGUUUUUACGAUUGUCAAAUGUGUGGCCUUACAAGUGUGGAUCUUUAAAUUAAUAAUUAAUUUUAGAAUGCGUAUAGAGUGCGGUGUAACGGAAGUGCUCUCAUAUUAUCAUUUGCGGUCAGUGCAUUAAGUGUUAUUGAAGGAUCACGAUGCGUAUAGGAAUUGUGUUUUAUUGGUGCGUGUUAGCAUUGCAUCUCUGCAAAGCGGAAGAUGUGGAGAGGACAGAGUCAAGGGAGGGUGCCAGAAGGCCGCAGUGGGGGACAACAGUGCGGAGUGGGUCGUUCGUGAGCGAGUCUGCGAUCGCCGCAUCGAAUGAACAGAUCCUCGUGGAGGCAUGUCACAACGAGCCUGGAUGUCUCCAGGACCGAGCGGGGCUCGAAGCCAUCACGCAGCUGCACAAGCAACUAGACGACGAUGAUAACGGCAACGUCGACCUUAGCGAGAGUGACGAUUUCCUCCGCGAGGAGUUGCAAUAUGACAGCGGUUACGAGAAGCGACAGCGAGCCUUUCACCACAACGAUGACAUGCACAUAUCCGUCAAGGAGCUUUGGGAGGCUUGGCUUAAAUCAGAAGUUCACAAUUGGACGGCGGAGCAGACGGUGGAAUGGCUAACACAGUCUGUAGACCUACCGCAGUACAGGAGUCUGUUUCUGCAACACAAAGUCACAGGCGCUACGCUGCCCAGGUUGGCGGUGAACAACAUGCAGUACGUAAGCAACGUCCUUGGCAUCAAGGACCCCAUACACAAGCAGAAACUGGCCCUCAAGGCCAUGGACGUGGUCCUCUUCGGGCCCCCUAAAGAAGGCAGUCGCUGGAAGGACUGGCUGCUGGCGUCGCUGAUGCUCGGUGCCGUCGCCGGCGGCUGGGCGGCGCUGCGGGCUGGUCGCGCCAGUCGGCACCAGGUCCAGAGGAUGCUGAGAGACAUGGAGCAGCUGCGGAGGGCUGAGCUGGCGCUGGAUGAUAUGCAGAAGGAACUAGAGAAGGCGCGGUUAGAACAGGAAAGCGCCACCACAGAGAAGAAAAACCUAGAAAAGAAGCUUAGAGAGGCCGGCGACACGCCGCUACUCAACUCCGCCUCCUCAGAUCUUGAAGUCACCCAGCUGAAAGCUGAGAUUGAGAUGUUAAGAGGAGAAUUGAGGCGUGCGGAAGGCGAACUCGAAGACCGGUGCUGGGCACCACCCUCGGGAUUACAGCAGUGGCUCCAACUCACCCAUGAGGUGGAAAACAGGUCGUACCUACGUAAAAAACAACAGGCGGACCAACAGCUUCAACAAGCCAGAGAAGCGUGUGAAAAACUCCGCAAGAAACGCUCGAGUCUGGUCGGAGCGUUUGUAUCCACGCACGGCAAAUCCAUAGACGACGUGGACCGCUCUAUCGUCGAGGCGCGCACGGCGCUCAACGAAGUCACUCAGGAGCUAUCGGAGAGGAUGCACAGAUGGAAACAGAUCGAGCGGCUGUGCGGCUUCAACAUAAUCAACAACAACGGCAUUCAGUUCUUAGAGGGCAUGCUGUACAGGAACUCCAACGGUCGUCCUGGCGCUAGAGUUCGCAUGAGCAGCUCGCAGGACGACCUGAGCGUCGGCGAUGACGCGUCGAUCUGCGGCUCAGUGGCCGACAACUUCGGAUGGCGGGAGGAUUCAUCGGGCAGCGAGGCGGACGCACCCCACUAUCCUCUGGACUUGCGAUUGGCUGAAGCUAGGUUACAAUUAGAAGAGCGCUUAGCUCAAGAAGCCCGCGAGCGGCGAAUCGAUGACCGCAGAGAAGAGCUGCGAGUGAAGAGCUCCCACGGCGACCUGCGGAGGAGUCCCGCCGACGAGCGCCGGCGGGCGGACCCCGUGCACUUCAUACUGGGGGGGGACAACGUAAACUGGACAGGUGAAGACCUAACACGAGCAUCACACUCGCAGUCACAACCAGCCCUGCGCGCCUCCCUCCGCGGCGCCCCGCUCCCCCCGCCGCGCCGCACACCCGCACUGAUCAUGCGGUCUCGCUCCACUGACGUAGUAGCACUAGAUCCGGACAGAGUGAGACCGACGCUGGCCAAGCAGAAGCCUUUGACUGAGAGUAAGUAUAUCGCGUCUCCUCGCACAUCAUGCGGUUUCACUCCCAACCAGCCCUGCGCGCCUCCCUCCGCGGCGCCCCGCUCCCCCCGCCGCGCCGCACACCCGCACUGAUCAUGCGGUCUCGCUCCACUGACGUAGUAGCACUAGAUCCGGACAGAGUGAGACCGACGCUGGCCAAGCAGAAGCCUUUGACUGAGAGUAAGUAUAUCGCGUCUCCUCGCACAUCAUGCGGUUUCACUCCCAACCAGCCCUGCGCGCCUCCCUCCGCGGCGCCCCGCUCCCCCCGCCGCGCCGCACACCCGCACUGAUCAUGCGGUCUCGCUCCACUGACGUAGUAGCACUAGAUCCGGACAGAGUGAGACCGACGCUGGCCAAGCAGAAGCCUUUGACUGAGAGUAAGUAUAUCGCGUCUCCUCGCACAUCAUGCGGUUUCACUCCCAACCAGCCCUGCGCGCCUCCCUCCGCGGCGCCCCGCUCCCCCCGCCGCGCCGCACACCCGCACUGAUCAUGCGGUCUCGCUCCACUGACGUAGUAGCACUAGAUCCGGACAGAGUGAGACCGACGCUGGCCAAGCAGAAGCCUUUGACUGAGAGUAAGUAUAUCGCGUCUCCUCGCACAUCAUGCGGUUUCACUCCCAACCAGCCCUGCGCGCCUCCCUCCGCGGCGCCCCGCUCCCCCCGCCGCGCCGCACACCCGCACUGAUCAUGCGGUCUCGCUCCACUGACGUAGUAGCACUAGAUCCGGACAGAGUGAGACCGACGCUGGCCAAGCAGAAGCCUUUGA